AUGAUGGAAGAGAUGGUGGAGGAAGAUUACGUGGUCAUCCUUUUCGAACACUGUAUAGAGAUCCAGGAGGAUGAGGAGGAAGAGAGAGUCCUGAUUACAGAUACAGAGAACAUUCUGAAAGCACUGAAGGGGAAGAAAGAGGAGGCCAGAGCUACUCAAGCGGAGGCAAAGGGUUGGAAUAGUUACAGACUUCCCACUGAGGUAUUUCGGGGCUGGUGUGAAGAGAAGGUGCCAGAAGAGCUUAGAGACGUUCAGAAACAGCACAAAGAAACCCUCCGUUCCCAGAAUGAGAAGCUGUCAGUAAAUACCCUGCGAGGACGGGAGAAGACCAAGACAUUUCUGCUGUCUGACCGCUACACAGAAUUAGUGGUGACUUCUUCUCCCCGUGAGCGGAGGCUGGUGGAGCAUGAACUGGUGGCGAGCGGCUUGGAACAUAUCAUAUGGCAAGAGAGGAAUGUCAGGAGGGAGCUGAAGAAAAUACGAUCGGAUGAGCUGUUCCGAUCUUCUUUCGGGACAACCAUCCUGAGUGGAAUAGCAGGGAUUGGGAAAACCACCAUGGUGCAGAACAUUUUGUAUCACUGGGCCACAGGGAAGAUCUAUCCCCAGAUCCACUUUGUCUUUCAUUUCAAAUUCCGUGACCUGAACGUGAUAAAAGGGGAAACCAGCCUGAAAACCAUGGUCCUGGAAUCAUAUCCUUAUCUUCAGGAUGUUCUGGACAAGAUCUGGGAGAAGCCGGAACAUUUGCUGUUUGUGUUUGAUGGUUUGGACGAGUUCAAGGACAGGAUUGAGUUCACAGACAGUGACAGAAACCCAGUACCUCGGGUCAGCUGCCCGGGGCCGGAAGGCCUCUGUCCCGUGGCUGACAUUGUGCGCUCUCUGGUACAUCAGGAAGUACUGAAAGGCUGUUCAGUGCUGAUCACAAGCCGCCCAACUGCCGAGUCUUUAGAUCACAUCCACACCAACCUCUGGGCUGAAAUCCUGGGAUUCUUCGCUGAGGGAAGGGAAGAUUACAUCAGACGCUUCUUUCCAGAUGAGAAGAUUGCAGCUGAAGUGCUGAGAUAUGUGAAGGAAAAUGACAUCCUCUACACCAUGUGCUUCAACCCUUCCUACUGCUGGAUCCUCUGCUGCACAUUGGAGCCAAUCUUCAAACAUCCAGAGCACAAACAGCCUCCCCCCAAAACCAUCACACAGCUGUACUCCAGUUACAUUUACAACAUCCUGAAGAACCAUCCCCGAGCUACUGAGAGCCCUCGAGAGGUGAUGCUGAGAGCCGGGGAGAUGGCCUAUGAGGGGAUCUGUAACAGGACCAUUGUGUUCGAUGAUGACCAUUUCUCUCACCAUCAGCUUGAACCCUCAACCUUCAUCUCAGGGUUUAUGAUGGAGAUUCUGGAGAAGGAUGAUGGUGGGAGACGAGUUGUGUACACAUUCCCUCACCUCACCGUCCAGGAGUUUGUGGCUGCUCUCGCUCAGUACCUGACUCCCGUCCGCAGGAACUUGAAGAAUCUGCUUCACCAGGUUCACAAGGAGAACGACGGGCGCUUUGAGAUCUUCCUGCGGUUCAUUGUGGGUCUCUCCUGGCCACACACAGCCCGGCAGCUGGAGGAGAUCCUGGGGCCGUUACCUAACGCGUCAGUCUGUGAAGCCAUCUCCUGGCUGAAGGUGAAUAUUGAGGCGGCGAUUAAACAGUCGGAGAUAGAAGGAGGUAAAAGGAAGCUGCUGAACAUGAUGUACUAUCUGUUUGAGUCUCAGAACAACACUCUGGCCCAGGUCACACUCGGAGUUGUGGGGACACUGGACUUUAGUAAGUUCACAUUGAACCCUCUGGACUGUGCUGUGCUGUCUCAUGUGUUACAGCUCUGUGACACCAUAGAAACCCUCGAUCUCCCCAACUGUAACAUCGGAGCUGAAGGGAUCCAGCGUCUGGUGCCCGCACUGCACAAGUGCCGACAGCUCAGGCUGGGGGGCAAUAAUCUGGGAGAUUGUGGAGUGAAGCGACUGUGUGAGGCUCUGAGGAACACGCAGUGUAAAUUACAGAGACUGGAGUUGGACAGUAACAGACUGACCGAUGGCUGCACUGAUGAUCUGGUCUCCGCUCUCAGUACAAACCGCUCACUGAGGUUCCUGGACCUGGAGUAUAACUCCUUCACAGACGGCUCUGUCUCCGCUCUCCGCCGCCUCAUACAGACCUGCACCAGUCUGGAGGGAUCGGGCUGUGGGCGAAUAAGUUCAGUUCAGAUGGACGGAAUCAGCUGAAGUCACUGCAGGUAAUCAGAGCUGAGCUGUCAGUGACAGUGUGACACUGACUGAGGCAGUGACUGUCCACACAGUCUGUGUAACAAGGAAUAUAUUCUGGACACUGUAGUGACUGAUUAUUAAAGAUGUAAUCCUGAUUCCUCUCCCAUCUCUGCUCUGGGGACCGUUAUUGACACACACCGCCUACGGGCGUGCGGGCGGCUGGAGAGCCCCGACCCUCAGUCACUGCUAAACUGCUGUAAGCGACCACGACUGAUGCACUUUC